UUGUUGUCGUGCUAUAGUAACGGUUAUAAAAUUAAAUAAACUUAAUAAUAUAAUAAACAUUAUACGCAGUAAUGCCGAUUUUAAAGAUUUUUACUAAUGUCCCAAAAUCGCAAAUCUCUAAAGAUUUUAUGGGAAAGGUUAUACCAGCUCUGGUAGAUGGAGUCAAAAAGGAAGCGGAUAAAUUCACUUGCAUCGUGGAAAGUGACUGCUUCCUUUCGAUGGACGGCGACCCAACGUCACCUGCUGUAUCUGCCUCUUUGGAAUCCAUUGGCCAUUUAGGGCCCGAACAAAAUAUAUAUAUAACAAAAUUGUUAACGGCAGUUAUGCAAAAAGAACUUGGAGUCAAACCUGGAAGAUUCCUUCUAACGUUUUACGAUCUCGCGCCGUAUAACGUUGCAAAAAAUGGCACUACUAUAGCAGAUCUUGAAUUUUGAAGUAAAAUCAAUUUAGCAAUUAUUGCAAACAUGAAAAUCAAAAGUCUCGUGAGGUUUCAUUGGCCGGGCGAAGCAAGUUUUUCUUUGUUAUUUAGGUAAAAAUUCACCCUAGCCCUCCGACUUUCUGCUCGCCCGUCUGUCUGUCCGCCCAUGUCAGGCAGAGUUCUAUAAAUAACUAUGGAAUUAAAUUUACUUCGUUCUGCCUCUGAA